AUGUUGUCCACGGCGCAGCAGAUGCUGCAGGACAGCCGCUCCAAGAUGAAGCUCCUCCGCCUGCAAAUCAUCAAAGCAGCGCAGGCCCGAAGCGACCGAGAAGCAGACAUCACAACGCACCAAGGGAUGACUGAGGCGGACUCCCGACUGGCAGAGUUGCGUCACUACACGCAGCGCGAACACGAUGCCCUACGGCUGGCUGAGGACACGCUGGCUCAAACAGACGCUGUCUCCUCGCCGAACCCCGAGGCUCACUCGGUGGUACGUUUCAGUUCCUCGGACACUGUCAAGGGUCAGGAGGCCAAGAUGAGAAGUCAGCAACUGUCUCUUUUCUUUUCACGUCAGGGGGAGACACUGCGCGAGCAUUCGUGCCAGCGUUUGCGUCUCCUGCGGGUGUCCUUAGAGGCGUGUCUAAGGGAUAGUGGAAGGGCCACGCCCGAGCGGACCGGCGCCCAUUCGGAUGCAGUACUCUGCUCGGCAGCCAUCUUGUCCAACAGACCAACCUCACUGACAGGAAAGCUGCAGGUGCGAUUGCUCGGAUGCGAAGAUUUGUUUUCUCCCGCUGACAACACAACUUCUGGUGAGACGAUUUCCAAAUAUUCAAACAUGACACUUCUACUGGCAGAGAUGAGCGCAACCUUGAGGCUGGAUGGAAGGGAGGUGGGCAGAACGCGCUGGGCGGCGGUGGGCAAGCUGACCUGGGAUCAAACCUUUAGCCUCGCGCUGGAGUGGAGUCGUGAGUUAGAGGUUGAUGUGUUUUGGAGGGACAGCGGCAACAUGUGCGCGCUAGGGUUCCUGCGUCUCGACUGGCUCCUGGCCCGGCAGAACCAGAACCAGAACCAACAAGGCCAAGACAAGCGUGGUGUCUGCUCACACGUGUGGCGACUGGAACCCAGAGGCCUCCUCCACAUUCAGUUUGACUUUACGAACACGGUGGUGGAGCGACAAAACAAACUACGACGCCAGCAAUGCAUCUUCACCAAAGAGAGAGGUAAGAACUUCCUGCGUGCAGCUCAGCUGAAUGUGAACUUUUCCACAUGGGCUCACAUGAUGCUGAGCGUUCUUCCUGGUUACGCCUCCUUUGCUGCUGACUCCACCUCUAUCCCCUCCCCUGAGGCCUGCACAUCACCACUGUCAAGUGAGGAACUGGUGGCCAGCGGAAGUCCUCCCAACCACCAGGAGGUAACGCAGGACGAUUGUGACAUGUCGGAUGUUGAUGACACCUCAGAAACAAGUCAACAGCAGAUGUCGUCCUCCCGCAGGAGAAAUGAAUGUGAAGACCACUCAGCCUCUCCUCGCAAGUUGCACAUGUCAGACCUGCACUACAUUUCUGUGCUUGGUAGAGGUCACUUUGGCAAGGUGCUGCUGGCUGAAAUGAAGCCCACAGGCUGCCUUUACGCAGUCAAGGCCUUGAAGAAAACUGAGGUGGUAUCGCGUGACGAGGUGGACAGCCUGAUGAGCGAGAAGAGGAUCCUGGAGCUGAUCAGGAUGCAGCGCCAUCCUUUCCUGGUCCAGCUGCACGCUUGUUUUCAGACCAGGGAACACGUCUGCUUCCUGCUAGACUUUCUACCUGGAGGAGAUCUCAUGAUUCACAUACACAACAGAGCCUUCACUCCACAGCAGACCAGGUUCUACUCAGCCUGCGUUCUGCUGGCAUUGGAGUUUCUGCACGUCAACAAGAUCAUCUAUCGAGACCUCAAGCUGGACAACCUGUUGAUGGAUGCCGACGGCUUUGUCAAAAUGACUGACUUUGGACUAUGUAAAGAAGGGAUCGGUCACGGAGAUCGCACCUCCACCUUCUGCGGAACGCCUGAGUUCCUGGCGCCGGAGGUUCUGACGGACGACGACUACACACGGGCUGUCGACUGGUGGGGGAUGGGUGUUCUCAUUUAUGAGAUGCUAGUGGGUGAGUCACCAUUUCUGGGUGAGGACGAGGAAGAAGUUUUUGACAGCAUCGUUAAUGACGACGUUACGUACCCGCCGUCCCUUCCUCCAGACGCCGUGACAAUAAUCCAGAAGCUGCUGAAGAAGAAUCCAUUGAAGAGGCUUGGCGGCGGGGAGAGAGACGCUAACGAGUUGAAAGGGGAGAUAUUCUUUGAGGAGGUGGACUGGGAUGCCCUCUUGUCUAAGCAAGUGUCGCCGCCCUUCCUGCCAUCCCUAAAGACGUCGACGGACGUCAGCAACUUUGACAGCGACUUCACACGCCUUCAACCCAUCCUGUCUCCGCCUACCACGCCAGGCGGACUCUCGGCCCAGCAGCAGGAGGCCUUCGCCGACUUCGAUUUCUGCGCCCUGCACAGCUGA